GUUGUGUUGUGUGUGAUGAUGGAUCAGUGCGCAGUUGACGAGCUGUACGAGGCGUUCGCUGUUCUGGCUGGAAGUGACCCUGAUCACUGCUCUUACCCAAAGGGCUACAUGAAGAGGCAGGCAGUGUUUGCGUGUAACACGUGUGUUCAGGAAGGCAUGGAUCCGGCCGGUGUGUGUCUGGCGUGUGCGAACGCGUGUCAUGAUGGUCAUGAUGUGUGUGAACUUUACACUAAAAGGAAUUUUCGUUGUGAUUGUGGCAAUGAGAAAUUUCAUGGCUUCCAAUGCAGACUUCAUACGGGAAAAGAAGGGCGAAACCUGAAGAACUCAUACAAUCACAACUACUUUGGGCGCUACUGCUCGUGUGACCGGCCGUAUCCGGAUGAAGACGACCAGGUGAACGAGGAGAUGAUCCAGUGUGUGGUGUGUGAGGACUGGUUCCACGAGAAGCAUCUGGAUUCUCCAGUGGCUGGCGGAGAGGUGCUGACGGAGAUGAUCUGUGUGAGCUGCAUGGAGCGGGCGCCGUUCCUCUGGGCGUACGCGGCUCGAUUAGCAGGUUCUACUCUGAAUAAACAAGGCAUCUGUGAAGAGCAGGUGAGCACUGAUCAGACGUCAGGUGACCAGCAGUCGGAUGCUGCUGGAGCCGCGGGUCAAGGUGAUUCAGGGACGGCUCCUGUGGAUCAGCAGAUCUCAGACGGCAGCGGAUGCGUGUGGAAGGAGCUGAAGGCCGGAGCCGCGGGUAGAGGUGAUUCAGGGACGGCUCCUGCGGAUCAGCAGAUCUCAGACGGCAGCGGAUGCGUGUGGAAGGAGCUGAAGGCCGGAGCCGCGGGUAGAGGUGAUUCAGGGAUGGCUCCUGUGGAUCAGCAGAUCUCAGACGGCAGCGGAUGCGUGUGGAAGGAGCUGAAGGCCGGAGCCGCGGGUAGAGGUGAUUCAGGGACGGCUCCUGCGGAUCAGCAGAUCUCAGACGGCAGCGGAUGCGUGUGGAAGGAGCUGAAGGCCGGAGCCGCGGUGUGUGUGAGGGAAGCUCCGGUGUUCUGGCCGUAUCACUGGAGAGAGAAACUCUGCCGCUGCACCGACUGCAAGAGAAUGUAUGUAGAGACGGGUGUUCCUUUCCUGCUGGACAAGUCGGACACGCUGCUCGCAUACGAGGAGAGAGCCAAAACUGAAGCGCUGAGGAGCGAUGACCUGCUGCUGUCCUGCCUGACCUCUGUGACCCCUCUGACCUCUGUGACCCCUCUGACCUCUCUGACCCAUGUGCAGCAGCUCGAGGUCAUUUACCAGGUCAGUGAGCUGAAGGAGGAGCUGAGGGAGUUCCUGCAACAGUCGUCGGACCAGAGGAAGGAGGUGACACCGGAGCGCUUGCGGGACUUCCUAGAGGAACUGCAGGCCAGAAAGAGGAGGCGGUUAAACUGAACCAAUCAGCAGCGCUUCUGGCAAUAUCAUGAGCCUUAACAUCCACUUUAAUAAAGUUCCAGAGCAAAAACUAU